AUGCUCCUCCACGUCCUCCAGAGACGGCCCUCUCCAGUGGUUCCGUCACUGCAGGACAUCGCUGUCGCCAAUGGCACUCCAGCGCUGUACCUCUCGGGGGUGGACUGCCGAUUCUGCAGCGACGCAGAGGAGAUCACCGCGACUCUGCAGGAGCAGCAAGGUGACCUGGGGCAGAACAAGGAGUCGCUUGCAGCACUGCUUUUCGAGUUUUUCCGUUUUUUCAGCUAUGAAUACGAGCAUGGAGUCAUCGCGAUUCGAAGCCCUUCCGGCAUCACGCGCGACGAAGAAGGGCGCUCCUUCUUCAUCGUGGAGAACCCCUUCGAACCCGGCAAGGACGUGGCCAACAUCGAGGUCCGCCUAUACACGCGGCUGAGGGAAGAGUUUCGCCGUGCCCACGCCCUCCUUGCCGAAGGCGCCAGCCUCUCUUCACUCUGCGAAAUGCCGCCGGCGCCGGGCUUGGAUCCACUUGCUGGGCCGAUCCUGCCAGGCGUGAAUGCGCCGCUCUGCCCUCCCGCCAAAGGAAGCGGGCUCUGGCGCAUGUCGGAGAGCAAAAGGAGCUGGGACUGA